AAGGCGGAAGCGCGGCGAUCAGUCCCAGGGUGCACCGCGGGAAGAUGGCGGUUGUGCUAGAAAAGAGUUACAUAGAAAUCUGCGGCUUCGAAAGAGAGUCUCUUUUACGAUUCAGACAGAUCACACUGAAUCUGGGUGUUGGACUUCACUUCGGCGGUGUGAAGUAUGCAGACAGUGCAGGGGGAUUCUCAUAUGAGGACAGCGGGAAGCUCCUCUCAGUCACCAGCAACAGAUUCAUCCACUGGUCCACCUCAGGUGACACGGUUCAGUUUGUCGAGCAGUCGCUGGACACUAAUCUUCUGAAUAAUUCUGUUCGUCUGCAUAUCCCAAACUGCCUCUUGCUGCCCGGAGGAGUUUGCAUACAAGAGACCCUUAACAAUGUCAUUAUUCUGAUCGUCACCAGCCAGUCGGUUCAUCGCCUGGUGCUGCCGCACCCCACCCGCAUGUACCGCAGUGAUUUGGUCACUGAACUCCAGAUGCAGUCCAUUUUCACAGACAUUGGGAAGCUGAAUUUAAACGAACCAGCCCACAGUUACGUGCUCCCAUUUGCACAAGCAGUGCCAGCGAGCGCUCCGUCCACGUCAGCCGCCUGGAUCAGUCAUCAGGGGGAGGCAGUGUUCGCCCUCGCCUCGCCCUCAGGCAGCAUUACUGCAGUCACGUUGCCUGCUCAUGAUCAAGAUGGGACCGUGUCCAUUCAGGAGUUGAAACAGAGUUCAAUGAUGCAGCGGUUGGCCGGCUGGAUGCCCACAGCCAUCAGGGGAGAUCAGAGCAUUCCUGACCUGGCCAUCAGUCUGGCUGUCCACCAGCUAGAAGAUGACACUUUCAUUUUUGCACUGUGUCAGGAUCAUAAGCUGCGCAUGUGGUCGUUUAAGCAUCAGAUGUGUCUGUUGGUGACUGAUAUGUUGGAGUAUAUGCCUGCGGGUCGUGGGGAGGUGAAGGCUUCUCCAGCACUGGCUCAUAAGCUCCGUCUCUUCUUCUCCUCAUCCACCGGCCUGUGUCUGGCCAUCUACCUCGCAGUGCCCAAACGCAGUCAGUUCUGUGUGCUGCAGCUGGUGGCCAGUGAGAACAAUCGCUACAGCCUGGAUCACAUCUCAACACUGUUCACAACACAGGAAACGCUAGUGGAUUUUGUCUUGACGGCGAGUGAUAUUUGGGCUGUUUGGCUGGAUAAUGACGACCAGACUGUGGUGAAGUACAUCAGUUUUGAGCACAGCACCACAGGCAUGUGGAACCAGGUGUUUGUCCAGCCGUCACCAGAGGAGGAAGUUCACGUUGGUGAAGACCAAGACCCACGGGAAAUAUAUCUGGAUGUACUUUUUUCACCUCUACGUUUCACAGCCUCAGCCAUCAUUAAAGCUUUACAGAUUUACAAGCGAGGUACAGAGCGAUAUUCUGACUUGUCGUGGGAGGAGCUGAAGAAAGAGGUUACGGUCACAGUGGAAAAUGAGCUUCAGGGUAGCGUGACCGAGUACGAGUUCUGUCAGGAGGACUACCGUCUGCUGCAGGUGGAGUUCUGGUCCAAGUUUUACGCCUGCUGCCUGCAGUACCAGGAUGUGCUGUCCACGCCACUCGCCCUGCACAUCAGCCCUGCCACAGCCAUGGUCUGCGUCCUCAAGAAGGGCUUUGUGUCUUUCCUGUUACCCUGCUUUGCUGUCGACCAUCUUUACCUGUCCUCGGAUGAAUACCUGUUUUCUGAAGAGGAGACUCCAAUUGCUGAGGAUUCGAAUUUGAGCCGUGAUGUCCUGCAGCUCGUUCAGUGUCUCCGCAUGGUGAGCGAGUCUCUUCCAGAGGACAUGGCCUAUGAGAUGGACAAAGCCCUUGAAGACCUGCUGUCUCCAGAGAAAGUGUCGGAAAAAGUACUGGAGGGUCUUCUGGCCAGUGACAAUGAGAAUGUGAUUCAGGACAUUUUAAACAAACUGCAAGACAUCAGUAACCCCACUGUUGCAAUAAACACGCUGCUGAGAGAACUGGACCUGGAGGCUGAUGCAGAGACUGACACCAGACCCACUGGUCAGUCUCUGAGAGUGCGCAUUAGCCUCUCCCAGCUCUACGGCAGCAGUGUGGCCGCUAGUCUGAUCUGUCAAGCUGUGUGUCAGACCGCUAUGACACGAACUCUGCUCUGCAGAGACCUGCUCAUCCUGCAGCAGCUGUACCUGCGAAACGGAGAUAAUGUGUUUGUUGCAGGCGGUGCUCAGUUACUGCAGCUGCAGCAGGACUUGAUUCCUCGAUGCUCUAGUCUGCUGUGCUCAUAUCACCUGCUCAAACAGAUGAGCCUGACGCUGUCCUCAUCCGUUCCACUUGACAUACUAAAUGCUGAUCUUCAGCACCUGUCUGUUUUGGAGCUGUCCGACUCCUCAACUCCUACAUCCAGUAGAUCAGUGUUGAAUCCUCCAACUGUGGUGGAGUUGUUCUACCAGAAUGUGGCCCGUAAAGCCAUCAUGUCUCAGAUGCUCUCCCAGCAGGAUGUGGAGGGCAGUCAGGCCAUGUUGCACUGGCCACAAAUGAUCUCCAGUGUCCUGACACUACUCUGCCAGUUUCUCUGGCCCAGCAAUCCCAGUUUCCUCUUUCCUGAAUGCCUGAUGGUAAACUGCCAGUAUGCACAGCUGCAGGAAUAUGUUUGGUUAGUUGGGCCCUGGUGCCAGGUGAAUGUGGGAUCCUAUCGUUUUGUUUUGGGUCAUUGCUAUCUGGCCAGCGGUGAGGGCCAGAAGGCAUUGCAGUGUUUCCAGGAAGCAGCCGCUGAGGUGGAUAAAGAAGAGUUUUUAAUGAAACUCACAGGUUCAGAUGAAGAGGCAGCCACCGCAACUGCCCCACGAUUACUUUAUUACAACAAGGUUUUGCGGUUAUUGGAGGAUAUUGGUUUGCCAGAGCUUGUGAUUAAUUUGGCAACGUUGGCCAUAUCUGAAGCUGCCAAUGAUGAGAGAAGCCAGGCUGCUCUGUGGACUCGUAUAUUCAAGCAUCAUCUGGAUCUUGGACACAACAGUCAGGCAUACGAGGCCCUGACGCAGAACCCUGAUUCUAGCAGGCAACUGGACUGUCUCCGACAGCUGGUGGUGGUUCUGUGUGAACGCGCUCAACUCCGGGAUCUCGUCCAGUUCUUGUUUGUUAAUUUACAUGAUGAGGUGGUCAGCAUUAUUGAGUCUCGCGCGAGAGCUGUGGACCUCAUGACUCACAACUACUAUGAGCUUCUGUAUGCUUUUCAUAUCAAUCGUCACAACUAUAGGAAAGCCGGUACAGUGAUGUUUGAGUACGGUAUGCGUCUGGGCCGUGAGGUGCGAACUCUGCGCGGUCUACAGAAGCAGGUGAACUGUUAUCUAGCUGCCCUCAACUGCCUGCGUCUCGUUCAUCCGGACUACGCCUGGAUUGUGCAGCCUUCGUCUGGAGCAGCGGUAAGCAUCUGAAACAUUUUUAAUUCCUUAUGUG